AAUAUUCCUUCGGAGUUGGCAGCCGACUGGUGCAGACAGACGAGAAAAAUGAAUUGGCCGAAGCAACGUGACCUUUUCCGCAAAAAUAGGGAAAGAAUCUGACACCGUCAAUUCGUUCACGGAUCCAACGGUUGCCAACUAUUAGGGUUUCGAACAUUCUGGAACGCAACUCCCAAUGCCACUAUAAAGUCUGUCCAUUUAGCUCAAGCUUCCACCUCCUCCUCUUGCUCCUAUUAAUAAACCUUAGUUCUCUCACCUAUUUGCUCUCUCUCCGUUCUGCGCUUAUUUAGUCGGCGACAUUACCAAAGGGAGAGAAACAAUGGCCGGAAAAGGAGAGGGACCGGCGAUAGGGAUCGAUCUCGGAACGACCUACUCGUGCGUCGGUGUUUGGCAACACGAUCGCGUCGAAAUAAUCGCUAACGAUCAGGGUAACAGAACGACGCCCUCUUAUGUUGGUUUCACUGACUCUGAGCGGUUGAUUGGCGAUGCUGCCAAGAACCAGGUCGCAAUGAACCCCAUUAACACCGUCUUCGAUGCCAAGAGGUUGAUUGGCAGGAGAUUCAGUGAUGCCUCUGUACAGAGUGACAUCAAGUUGUGGCCUUUCAAGGUCAUUCCUGGACCUGGUGACAAGCCUAUGAUUAUCGUUAACUACAAGGGUGAAGAGAAGCAAUUUGCAGCUGAAGAGAUUUCUUCCAUGGUUCUAAUCAAGAUGCGCGAGAUUGCGGAGGCCUACCUUGGUUCAACUGUGAAGAAUGCUGUGGUCACUGUCCCUGCAUAUUUCAAUGAUUCUCAGCGACAGGCCACCAAGGACGCAGGUGUCAUUGCUGGUCUUAAUGUGAUGCGUAUCAUUAAUGAACCUACUGCUGCUGCCAUUGCUUAUGGUCUUGACAAGAAGGCAACCAGUGUUGGAGAGAAGAAUGUUUUGAUCUUUGAUCUUGGUGGUGGAACUUUUGAUGUCUCUCUCCUCACAAUUGAGGAGGGUAUCUUUGAGGUCAAGGCCACCGCUGGAGACACCCACCUUGGAGGUGAAGAUUUUGACAACAGAAUGGUUAACCACUUUGUUCAGGAGUUUAAAAGGAAAAGCAAGAAAGACAUCACUGGCAACCCUAGGGCUCUCAGGAGGUUGAGGACUUCUUGCGAGAGGGCAAAGAGGACUCUCUCAUCCACUGCUCAGACUACCAUUGAGAUUGAUUCCUUGUAUGAGGGUAUUGAUUUCUACUCCACCAUUACCCGUGCUAGAUUUGAGGAGCUCAACAUGGAUCUCUUCAGGAAGUGUAUGGAACCAGUUGAGAAGUGUUUGAGGGAUGCUAAGAUGGACAAGAGCACUGUCCAUGAUGUUGUGCUUGUUGGUGGAUCUACCAGGAUUCCCAAGGUUCAGCAGCUAUUGCAGGACUUCUUCAACGGGAAGGAGCUUUGCAAGAGCAUCAACCCUGAUGAGGCCGUGGCUUAUGGUGCUGCUGUACAAGCUGCUAUUCUGAGCGGUGAGGGCAAUGAGAAGGUGCAGGACCUUCUGCUCUUGGAUGUCACCCCUCUUUCCCUUGGUUUGGAAACUGCUGGUGGUGUCAUGACUGUGUUGAUCCCCAGAAACACCACCAUCCCCACCAAGAAAGAGCAAGUUUUCUCUACCUACUCUGACAACCAGCCAGGUGUGUUGAUUCAAGUUUAUGAAGGUGAGAGAACAAGGACCAGGGAUAAUAACUUGUUGGGUAAAUUUGAGCUUUCCGGUAUCCCUCCUGCUCCUAGGGGUGUUCCUCAGAUCACAGUGUGCUUUGACAUCGAUGCCAAUGGUAUCCUUAAUGUGUCUGCUGAGGACAAGACCACUGGGCAGAAGAACAAGAUCACCAUUACCAAUGACAAGGGUAGACUAUCCAAGGAUGAGAUUGAGAAGAUGGUUCAGGAAGCAGAGAAGUACAAGUCUGAGGACGAAGAACACAAGAAGAAGGUUGAGGCAAAGAAUGCGUUGGAGAAUUAUUCAUACAACAUGAGGAACACUAUUAAGGAUGAGAAGAUCGGCUCCAAGCUUCCUCCAGCUGAUAAGAAGAAGAUUGAGGAUGCAAUCGACCAGGCCAUCCAGUGGCUAGAUGCAAACCAGCUUGCCGAGGCAGAUGAGUUUGAGGACAAGAUGAAGGAGCUGGAGAGCAUCUGCAACCCGAUCAUUGCAAAGAUGUACCAGGGUGCAGGUGGUGACAUGGGUGGCGCCAUGGAUGAUGAUGGUCCCCCUGCUGGUGGUAGUGGUGCUGGUCCCAAGAUUGAGGAAGUGGACUAAGAUGCUCGGCAUUCUCUCUUUGUUUUGGUUACUUCAAAUAUUUGGUAUUUUGCUAUUUUAAGUUUCAUGCACUUCUAAUGUUUUGUAUUUCCGAAAGCUGGUACAUUUCAUUUUGAGGCUUUGAAAGUAGUGGUAGCUUAUUCAAAGGCAUACGAAACUUUUUUUGGAGUUUCGUUGCUUUCCAUUUCUCUCCAAGCUUUAAUGUAAUGCUUGGUUUUCCAUUGAAACAAUUAUGAAUGCAGUUAUUUUCAGAUCGUCUUUCUUUAGAUCUUGUCUUGUUGGAAAGUUUUGCUAUUAGUAUGCUAGGUAGUUUCUGUCUCUCUUCAUUCUUCACUGAUAAAUUGGUAAUGUGCUUUUGUUAGGUCCUUUAUGCCUGCUAAGUCUUAUUAAUUUGUUCAGUGGAUCAAGCUAAGUCUUUCUCCUAUGAUUGAAAUUCUUUUGACAGGAACAUUGUUCUUCAGGAUGUCACAACCAGUGUCAGGCCUUUGUCACAUUCUAACUAUUUGAUCGACAAUCAAAUUAUGUAAGUGGGCAAGGCGCAACAUCCCC